AUGAACGAGACGAAUCCUCACCACAUCCGAAUGCUGAGUGCUCUCCAGCAGCACAAGACCGUCUUGGUUCCUGGCUGCAGCGCCGGCAGUAUUGGCUGGAGCAUCGCGCGAGUCUUCCACGAGCGGGGCUGCCACGUCUUCGCGACGGCGAGCGACACCUCCAAUGUCGCCGGCUUCUCCGAGCUCAACGGCGCGAAUGUACUCAAGCUCGACGUGACGGAUGCGGGGGGCAUCGCGCGCCGGUGCGCACCCCCGGGAGUCGCCGCCCCCGGCCGUCCCCCUACGCGCGUGUUCAACCGGCCCUGUGGCAGGAUGAAGUUACCGGACAUGUCCCACUACCGCAACGUCGUCGAGGUGGCGUAUGUACAAGCAGGGCAUGACGCACCAGGCAAGUGCAUUGGCGUCGACAUGUUUGUCAACCAGGCCGUCGGUGGCAUCAUCGGCGGCGCAAGGGUCUCCAUCUGGCGCGGCACGGCCGCCGGGUUGGUGCGCUUCGCAUCAUGA